UUUCGAACGCUCUUAACUCUAAUAAUUGAUAUCUGUUUUCUAAAUGGAACUUGGCGACAAAAGUAAACAUCACUUUAACAAAAUGUCCAAAAAUCGGCUCCUUUGUGACACCAAAUAUUCAAACCAAACAAUUAACGCAAAUUGUUGGUUAACAGUCGGCAUAAAAUCGCGUUUUAAUUAUUGUCGACAUCACUGCUAAACAUUCAACGAUAUUCAAGUUUUGAAGCAGCCUCUUUGUUCAGUGAAGCUAAAAUAGUUCCUUUCCCCUCCUUAAACUUUGAAGUGGCACGAAAGCUCACUAGUGAUCAAAAUAUUCUGAUCUAACAGUGUAAUUUUAAACCUUUGAAGGUGUCAACUAAAAAAGACCAAAAAUGUCGUUCAACAUUACAAACAGUACAAACUCAACCGAGCCCUCCAUCGUGGAACCCGUUACGUUGAUAGAAUUGGAACAGUAUGAAGAAACAAAAGCUCUUAACAUUUUCCGUGUGACCCUCUUCUCCGUGAUCAUCUCGGCCAGUAUAAUCGGCAACUCCAUGGUGUUUUAUGCUGUGUGGACCAUACCCUCCCGUAAGCCUCUGUCCUACCAUCUCGUCGCUAACAUGGCCUUCGCAGAAAUUCUAAGCAGCAUUUGUCUGGCCGUCAUGUUUGCGAGCCGGCAGCCUACAGCAAACGCCGUUCUUAAAGAGGCCACCUGCGUUUUGAUUACAUUCCAAGUCAUUGCUCUUCUCGUUGUGACCUACUCACUGGCUGCCAUCGCUUUCUAUCGUUACAGAUUCAUUGUAAAUCCACUUCCACGUGGACCAUUAGUUAAGAAGAUUAUAAUUCUAACCAUAGCUGGGCUGUGGCUGUUGUCAUUUGCAAUCGCCUUCCCCUUUUUCAUCGGUCUCAGCUUUAGAAAUGGCGGAUGCAUCGAGCUGCCUAUCGCAAACAAUGGGUACUAUGCGAUUAUUAGAUUCAUCUUGAAUUACGCUUUACCUUAUGUGAUAAUGCUGGCAUCUUACGGAGCAGUGGCUUGGAACUUGAGGAGGCGAAUUGUGCAGAUUAAAAGGAGAAAUCGCGACUCAUUGGUUGUUACAUCCUCUUGUGUUGUGGAAACUGAACUCCAAGAGUUACGAGACGGCACGAGAAUGGAGGAACGAAGAAGUGUUCUGCUCGACCAGAAUAACCGGAGAGACAGUAAACCCGAAAACACAGACCUGGAGAAAGAUUUGCUUAAGAUGAUUUUUGUGCUCAUUAUUAUUUUUGUUGUUUGUUAUUUUCCGUAUCAAGCCCAUUAUGUGUGGGAAAGGGUUUGUAAGAUCAAUAAAGAAUUCAUUUUUAUGAAAGAGGAAGAAGAUUUUCAUGUAGAGGAACUGAAAAUGCCAAAUCAAAGAUAUAUCGAAAUACUCAGUGGCCAAAUAAAAUGA